CUAGCUCCCCACAGGCCCCCAUGCAGGCCCCGCCCCGGCUCGGUUUGGUGCAAACUCUCGCGAGGUUUGAGGCCGCGAGGUCGGCCCGGGCGGCUGCAGUAUGGCGGAGGCGGAAGGAGAGAGCCUGGAGUCCUGGCUGAAUAAAGCCACCAAUCCUUCCAAUCGCCAGGAAGACUGGGAAUAUAUAAUUGGUUUUUGUGAUCAGAUCAACAAAGAACUUGAAGGGCCCCAGAUUGCUGUCCGCCUGCUGGCCCACAAGAUUCAGUCUCCACAGGAAUGGGAGGCGGUACAGGCCCUGACGGUCCUGGAGGCAGGCAUGAAGAACUGUGGGAGGCGAUUUCAUAAUGAAGUGGGCAAGUUUCGGUUUCUGAAUGAGCUAAUCAAAGUCGUCUCUCCAAAGUACCUGGGGGACAGGGUGUCUGAGAAAGUGAAGACCAAGGUCAUUGCGCUGCUUUACAGUUGGACAGUGGCCUUGCCAGAAGAAGCAAAAAUCAAAGAUGCUUACCACAUGUUGAAGAGACAGGGCAUAGUGCAAUCUGACCCACCAACCCCUGUGGACAGGACACUGAUCCCCUCUCCACCAGCUCGUCCCAAAAACCCUGUUUUUGACGAUGAGGAAAAGUCCAGGCUGUUAUCCAAACUGUUGAAGAGCAAAAACCCAGAUGACCUGCAAGAGGCCAACAAGCUUAUCAAGUCUAUGGUGAAGGAAGAUGAGGCACGCAUCCAGAAGGUGACGAAGCGCGUACACACCCUGGAGGAGGUCAACAACAAUGUGAAGCUGCUCCAUGAGAUGCUGUUACACUACAGCCAAGAGCACUCGUCAGAGGCAGACAAGGAGCUCAUGAAGGAAUUGUUUGAUCGGUGUGAGAACAAGAGACGGACUUUAUUUAAACUAGCCAGCGAGACAGAGGACAAUGACAAUAGUUUGGGGGAUAUCCUGCAAGCCAGUGACAACCUUUCCCGGGUCAUCAACUCUUAUAAAACAGUUAUUGAUGGGCAGGUCAUCAAUGGUGAGGAAACCACCUCAGCCAUGCCUGACUCCGAAGGAAACAGCUACUGCCGUAAUCAAGGCACUCUCAUCGACCUUGCUGAGUUGGACACACCCAACAGUUCACCCCCAUUGUUAGCCCCAGUGCCCACCCCACCCUGCUUGGACAUCCCUAUCAUCCCUCCACCUCCCCAGACCUCAGGGCCUCCACGCAGCCACUUGUCCAGCCAGGCCGAGGCUCCUCCUGUGUUCAGCAGCACAAGCAACACCCUCUCUCUGCUGGACGAGGAGCUGCUCUGCUUAGGACUCUCUGACCCAACUCCUACUGCUCUUCCCAGAGAGUCAGCUGGAAGUAGCCAGUGGCUGUUCCAGGGUGAACAGUCCAGCAUGGACUUCUUCAGCCCCAGACUGGGGCCUGCUGCCUGUUCCUCGGAGGGGUCCCUGCUCCCGCCUUCAGCUCCCCCAUCAAGCAUGUCCCAAGUACCACUGCCAUCUUGCUUCCCAGCCCCUGUGGUCCCAGCCAGCGCACCUGGCCCUAGCGCUGUCUCCUUCACGUUCACCUCUGGACUUGCCCCAGCUUUGGCCCCAAAGGCUGAGCAUGCAGCCCCUGAGUUCCACGACUCAGCAUUGGGUGACAGCACGCUGAACCACCUGGAUGCCCUUGAUCAGCUUCUUGAAAAGGCCAAAGUGACCUCAGCCUGUGUGAAACCUGUCUCCUCUUGUUUUUCCCCUGGGGCUACCACCUUGCCCCUGCUCCCCACCUCCAUGCCAGCCAGGCCUCUUCUGCUAUUCUCCACUGGACCCAAUAGCCCUCUGUUCCAGUCGCCGGCCUUCCAGUCCCACGGCAGUCCCAUGAAGGGGCCUGAGCUCUCCCUGGCCAGUGUCCAUGUGCCCCUGGAAUCCAUCAAGCCUAGCAGUGCCCUUCCUGUGACAGCCUAUGAUAAACAUGGCUUCCGCAUCCUCUUCCACUUUGCCAAGGAGUGUCCCCCAGGACGGCCUGAUGUGCUGGUGGUGGUGGUGUCCAUGCUGAACACAGCUCCCUUGCCAAUCAAGAGCAUUGUGCUGCAGGCUGCAGUGCCCAAGUCAAUGAAAGUAAAGCUGCAGCCACCCUCUGGGACAGAGCUCUCUCCAUUCAGUCCCAUCCAGCCACCGGCAGCCAUCACCCAGGUCAUGCUGUUGGCCAACCCAAUGAAGGUGCCCAAGUGUGGGUGGAUGUGAUGGGAACAGGGAUGCACAGGGCCAGAAAAACUGCAGGGAAGUGGAUGCAUGGAUUGGACCUUGCUCACCUGCUGCCUUCUGCCACAGGAGAAGGUGCGACUCCGGUAUAAGCUGACCUUUGCUCUUGGGGAGCAGCUGAGCACAGAAGUAGGCGAGGUGGAGCAGUUUCCUCCUGUGGAGCACUGGGGGAACCUAUGACCCAGAAAGAUGCAGUGAUCUCCACUCUUAAGCCAGGCAGGCAGCCCCAAAUGGACAGGGCUCCAGUCCACUCACUGAGGCCCUGACAGCAGCACUCGUAACGCAGAUGUGGCCUGGGGCCCUGGACACCUCUGCUGGGAGUUGUCCUGCUGCUGUGAUAAUCUCUCCCUGGGGAGUGCCUAGAAGGACUUUUUAUCUACCUAUGUGACUUGAAGUGGCCAUAUACUGUCAGCGGUGGGAAACAGCCCCUGUCUGCGCUGCUGUAAUGGGACAGUAGGCCCCAGGCCUGGAAUAGUUUCUUCCUGUAUCUGUAUCCUUGGUGUGAGAACUCUAAAGAGAGGGAGGUCUUGGAUCCCUGCAAGAACCGGGUCCUCACACCCCACAGAAGUAUGGUUUGAGGCUGUAGCCCCUAUUGCCAGCCUGUGCUUCCCUUGCUGGCAGACUCUGGUGCCACCUCUUCAAAGACAGGUAAAGCCAGGGGCCCAAAGUGAGGGCUCCUGAAGUCCCCCGGAACCUGUCUGCCUUUCAUAGGCAGCAGCAUCCUGGAAUGGCCACCAGAUGAGUUCUGCAUUUGUCCCUAUCAGCAGUAAGGAGCUGUAUCUUGUGGAAUCUCAGCAGGACAUGGGACUCAACCUGUAGGAAACAACCUGGCUUCAUGGCAGCAGCAAGUAGGGCUAGGAAAGGGAGAUGGAGAGGAGCAGUUUCUGCCCUUCGGAAGCAAGGGCUGGGAGCUAUUUGGGAAAUUGGACCUCCCACGUACAGACAGCCAUCCUACUCACUACCUACCUCCUGCUCGGCAUGAAAUCCACUGCUCUCCUUCCCCUAGCAUCUCUGAGAGGAAGGACAAGCCCCACCAAUCUGCAUCCCCCUGCUCUGGCCUCCAUUCCUGCCAGAUGUGUGUGGCAUGGCACUUCUGGUCAGGACCAUGGGGGGCCUCAGGGUCAAGCACAUUGUACUGGAAUUCUGUCCUUUUAUGCUACAUGGAAAUACUGUCUCUGCAGCUGUAGUGGGGCACUGUCAGCAAGGUGUUAGCCUAGAGUUGGUAAGGUGACAGGGGCCACACUUGAACCAAGUCACCAGACCCUGUUGCUCUUAGCAGAAUUUGUCCCAGCUGCCUCUGGGCAUGCCACACUUAGAGCCCUAAGACAACAGGACACAGAACUACCAGCUGCCACAGAAGCUGGGGCUGGGCAGACAGCUUAGGCUCAGCCAGCACCUCGGGAAAAGGAGGGUGACGAGCCACAGCCUGGCCCUCCUGCCCUUGCCAGGUUUCCCUUCUCUGUAUCCAGAGGUUGUCUUAACCUCUCUCCUCACUGCCUUUAGUGAGCAGGUUUCACUGCUUCAUCAAGACAGGUCAAAGUGAACAGUUUUUAUUACCUAGGAAAGAAACUCAAGAGCUUUCCAGAGACCAGGUGCUGCAGCCCUGGCAAUGUCUGAGUACUGUGUGAAAGAUAAGCAUUAGACAUUAAACUUAGUUGUCAGUGUUCUCAUACCAUUGAGGUAGCUGCUUUGUGGCAAACAGCUGUAUUGGAUGUACCCACUCUGCUGCCCUUGUUUUGCUGCAUGUUAAUAAAGCUAUUUUUACCUUA